AUGGCGCCGCUCGGCCGGCUGCUGCCGCUGCUGCCGGCGCUGGCGCUCGCCCUCGGCCCCGCCGCGGCGGCGGCGGGCGGGGAGCGGCGGCGGCGCCGCCACCUGCUCGCUCUGGGGGAGGCGGAGGAGCUGUCGGCCUCGCUAUGGGGCGCGGCGCUGCCGGGGGACCUGCCCGAGCUGGAGCCCGAGUGUCGCCGCCUCCUGGCCGCCUUCGCCGAGGGCAGCGCGGCGCUGGCGGAGUGCCUGGGCCGCCGCGCCCGGCCCGUGCGGCUCUGCCAGGCCUGCCACCGCCAGCAGGGCCGCCUCCUGGCGCGCUACGCCGCCAUCGCCCGCGCCGUCGGGAAUUCUUCCGAGAGCCACAAUUGUGCGAAAAGCAUCUUGACCUCAGAUAGGCUACAGGUAGUUGUGACACUUUCCGAGUUCUUUAAUGAAACAUGGGAAACAGCCAACUGCGCAAAUUGCUUAAAGAACAGCAGUGAGGGAUUAUCAAAUUCUACUGUAGAAUUCCUGGACUUAUUCAAUAAAUCUCUGACGUGUUUUGAACAUAACCUUCAGGGACAAACUAUCAAUCUGUCGCCAAAUAACUACACGGAAGUAUGUAAAAACUGCAACGCCACCUACAAAAUGUUGAAUGACCUGUAUAACAAAUUACAGAGGGUGAACAGACAAGGUGGUGAGUCAGGACACUCGGCACACUUGUGUAUUGAUGUGGAAGAUGCAAUGAAUAUCACUCGGAAGCUUUGGAGCAGGACUUUCAACUGUUCUGUUCCCUGCAGCGAUACAGUCCCAGUGAUUGCUGUUUCAUCCUUUAUUCUCUUCUUACCUAUUGUUUUUUAUCUGAGUAGCUUCCUUCACUCAAAGCAGAAGAAACGCAUACUCAUUUUGCCCAAGCGUAUCCAGUCAAAUGCCAGUCUUGUGAACAUCCAAGAAAAAUACAGCUGAGCUGCAAAACAAAACCUGAGAACUGCUGCUGGUAUACAGUGGGUACAAUUGUGUUGGAAUGAGGCCGGCAUAAAAGAGGAGUUAAUUAUGGUUUAGUGUAAUGAUACAGAGCAACACAAGUUAAACAAAAUGCUGUCUGACUUCUAAGCGGGGAUAUUAACAAACAUGAUAAGGCAGGGCUGUGUGACACUGUAUGGACUCUGGUUUUGAAAAAUCUGUUUUUUCAGGCUCAGGCUUGAUGGCUUUCUGUUUCUAAGCUUUUGUACUUCUCAUCAGCAGAAUAGUUACACUUCCCUUGCAUGCUUUUUUUUUCCCUCUUUAUUUUUUCGUAUUUAUUUCACAAAAGCCUGUCAUGCCAUUGUCUGUCUUUCUGAACUGUCUGAGAUCCUGAGUCUUUCUGAGGUGAUUCUCACAGACAAGAGAAGCUUAAAAUAAUUUUUGAGGUUCCUGUUUGAAAUAUUAUGUUUAAUUCCAUAUAAUAUUCAGUCUUUUCAGAUCUUGGGUGUGUAGGAGACCAUUUUAAAAAAAGAAAAAAGUAAAGUUCUGCUGUUUUUAAUACCUCUCUCUAAAGUCAUGCUGUUUAGUUGAUUGUAAUGGUCUCCUUAAAAAGCAUGAAAUGUGCAGAGGAAGUCGUAAUAUAUUAUGUCCGAUGCCAGCAACAAAAGCAACAGAACUGCCAGUGCUAGACAUGAAUAGUAAUCAUUGAUGACUACAUUAUUCAGCUAUCUCUGAAACAGGCAACAUAUUUAGUCACUUGCACACUUAAACCACUAAAAUCAUUGCUUUUCAAAUGUUAAAUUUUCAGAGGCUUAUUUUAGAUGUCUGCCUGUGUAACUGAAUGCCUCACUGUUUAUCGUUUUAUUGAGAUUGUUUCCUUUUUCAAUUAUAAUGUCUGUUUUCUAGGGUGUUUUGUUUUUUGUUGGUUUUUUUGGGGGGAUUUGCUUUUAUAGAGGAGAAGUGAGGUAAGGUAAAGACACUGGAGAUGCUAAAUUUACUGGCUUACAGCUUGCUGUGGCUUAAUACAGAGGUGUUCACAGAAACAGUGUAUGGAAAAUGUUGCCUGUUACUAGACACCACAUGUUUUAUCAGUAAAUGAACCAGGGGAUUCUCUAACUUAAAAACUGUCCUAAAGGACUGUGUUGGGAAUUGGUGACUUUCAAGAAAUAUGUUCAGAAAUUAUCUCUGUGAAAUAGAUGAAUGUAAAUAAAUUCAACCUUGCACAAUUCCAGAACUGUGGUGCAGAGGCUGUAGAAUAACUGCAGGGAUGGACAGCACUACUGACUAUGCGUAGGCACAAUUCAACAGCUAUAGCAAUACCGACAGUUCAGUUUGGUUGAUUAUGGUCAUAAUUUAGGAGAGUAGUGGGUUGAAACAAUUCAGAAUUGAGGCCAAUGAAUACCAGAGCCUUUGCUUGUGUGUGUUCUUUAACUGUGAGAUGAAAAAUGAGUGGCCAUAUUAGCUGAAAUACUAAAUUUCUCUGGGAGUCUGUGUGUUUGACUUCUGUCAAAAAUUAUCAAAGUCUUUUGUAUUUGACUUGCUUUGGGACUUAAUCUGUUUAACUUUUCAUUUGCACAAAGGCUGAAUAAAUAUAUAACAAAACGGUCCUAAAGCUCUUCAAGUCACUGAUUCUGUUAGGAUUUUUGAAUUGGGACAUACUAUGAGUUUUUAAAGUCAAGUUGACAGUCUGUUUAGUAUUAGGUAAAAUAAUGUUUUAGUGAUUGGUCCCACCCACAUGAUUACUUUCUUGUGUUUUAUCACUAUAAAGUAUUUAUUGCAGUCUUGUUAACCAUGUGAAUUAUGAGGUCAACACUCAGUUUGUUCUAGGUAGUUUCUAAUAGUAACAGAAAACAGUAUUUCUCUUGCUUGUUGCAUGAAGUUGUCUUCUUGUGGCUGGGAAAGGCACACUGCCUUAAAAAAUGAAGAUGCUGUUUUUCUAUCUUUUAUUCUUAAACUUUAACUUUUGGGGACUUAUUCAGCUGCCUCCCCUAAUAGCAUUAUAUUGAUUUAGGACAUCAUAUGAUUGAGAGCUGUUCAAAGCAAUCUUUCAUUCGUGCAGAUAAAGCCAAUUUGUAUGUGCAGUGUUUCAGAAUGACAGCUUUUAUACUGUAAGCAGUGGCUUUUUGAGCACAUUCAUGUUAAGUAGGUCUGAAAGUCAUUACUUCUGGAUAUGGUGGUUAAGCACUUUAUUUAAAAAAAAAAAAAAAUCGGCUUUUCUUACAUCCCUGGCUGCUAAGCUAAAUGGAAAUACUCAUGUGAUUUUUUUUUUUGUCGUCGUUUUUUAUUUUAAAGCAGCAGUAAAGUUUACACUUGAUCUUUAAUCUUACAUUUCCUAUUUUUUUCUAAACUUUGUAAUACUAACUUUCUUUAUGCAGUGUUAUAUAUUUGGUAGGCUAUUUCAGAUAUAAAUUAAUUAAAUUGUCUUUACACUCUUCUUUCCUAGAGAAAUGUGGGAGCACACAAAUUGUGUGAAGGAGAACUAAAAUUCUUUUUGCUGCUAAUCUUUCAUCUUGGUUUACUUCUGCCUUUUUGGCAUUAUGUGUAUGAAGUAGGAUGAACUUUGAAAUACCAGUUGUUUGUAUCUUUUUGUGCAAAUAAAGAUUUCUUACUCUGGGGUAGCACUUCAAUGCAUAUUUAUACUUGUGUUAGGAAAUCUCUAUACACUGAAAAUCAGCUCUAAUAAAGAUUGUCAAUAAACAGUGA